AUGGACUCAACACUCCUCAACCAGACAAACUGCACUGUAGAGCCCAAAGUGGAUAAUUAUUUUUAUUUAGCUAUCUAUUCUAUUUUUUUUAUUGUGGGCUUUCCAGCUAACUGCCUGUCUCUAUAUGUAGCCUGGAUGCUCAUGAGGAGUGGGAACAACAUGGCAGUCUACCUUGUCAACCUGUCCAUUUCCGACCUGCUCUACACAAUCACUCUGCCUGUGUGGAUUGAGCUGGCUCUACAGACUCCUAUAGGUGGUGAUCUCUGCAGCUUAGUGGCUGUGAUCAUGUACAACAGCUUUUACGUUGGCUCUGGCCUCCUUUGCUGCAUCUCAGUUGAUCGCUACCUGGCACUGGUCUACCCUCUCCACUUUCACUGGGUCAGAGAGGUGCGGACAGCUGCAGUUACGAGUAUUGUUGUAUGGGCUUUGGAGAUUGUCAUCCACAUUAUCUUACUUGACCACACGGGGGCACUGCAAGCUUUCUCCUCAAGUUUCUUGUGCCAGGACAAAGUGCCCAUGAAACAAGAGGAUGCCAACAUUGCUCUUGCACGGAUCAGCCUGGGUUUCUUGGUCCCUGUCUUCAUCAUGACUUUUUGCUUUCAGCAGAUCAUGCAAUCACUCCAACAGAGCACCUCAAUCCUGGCAGAGGAGCGCAGGAAAGUGGGACUGCUGUUGUUUUCUCUACUUCUAACCUACCUAGUAGCCUUUGUGCCCUACCAGACUGUCAUGCUGCUCAGGGCUGUACUGGAGCCUAGAGCCUGCACCUGGGCCAGAAGGCUCAGAGACCCAUAUCUAGUAACAGUUGCCACCACAACCUUAAACAGUGUAUUGGAUCCUAUAAUAUACUGUUUAAUCAGCAAGAGUGCUCAGAAAGAGGUAAAGAAACUUCUAGAGAAAGGCAAGGGAGUGUUAAUGUGUAGGAAAUGGUCAGAAAGCUCUGAUGCAGUUCAGUCAGUUUCCUAAGAACUGAAUCAUUCAUUUGUUUUGUUUUUAACUGCAAAAAGGAAAAA